GUUUGCUAAUAAGUGGACAGUUACUAAUUAGAAAAACUUUUCGUAACAUAAAUUAUGUGCAACUCUGAACGAACGCGAUGACGAAAUUAAAGGAAACAGGUUUUCAGAAUUAUGGAAAUAAUUAAAUGAAAAUGCAAAGACAUGUUGGAACAAGUUUGUCUUCUGUAAUAAAUUAAUCGAGAAGAAAUAGUAUUAUUUAAGUGCGGAUUGAACUUCGUACGGGGUGGAAAGGAAAACAUCUGAAGGGAGAGAAAGCGUACAUUUGAAAGCAAAAGACCGGAUCUAUGAAGUUGAUGGUUUAAUCGAAAGAUCGAAUUACGGCUUGUGUUAAAGCGCAAUUUAGAGCUUCUUCUCGCGGAUGGAGAAUUAACUCUCGUUAUAUUCGUUGCAGAGAAGUGUUCGGCGAGCGCGAGUGGUAAAAGUGGAUCAAUGUAACCCGUCCAUCAAGUUCGCGAGAUAAUAUUCUCACGAUAGGGCUGUCUCUCCCAUCGGCAGUAAAAGAGACGCAGUAACGUUAGACAGAGUAACUCGUUAAACAAUAAUAACGCUUUAAAUGACGUACAACCGUGUAACGCAAAAUUGACGCAAAAACUGAAAAUUUUCAAGGGAAUUGGCAAUUAAAUCUGCAUUGAAAAUAACUCAGCAAACUAUGCAAAUUGCGCAUAUAAUUACUUACUGUAAAAAAAAAUCUCGUCAAUGCCACGGGAUCGCAAGACCGUUCUCUCAUAGUGAUGCUUUUGGAUAGAAACGAUAUCGCGUUUAUGCUAUUGCGGCAUUGCGCUUUAGGUGUCGUGAUAGGAUAGAAAGUCGGAUUCGAGCGCUCGGUGAAUAUAGCACGUCGCGAAACGCGCGUGUUCUCGUUGUGUGCGCAGUGGAGGCCCCUUCGUUCACUUUACUUCCUCCCGAUGUCUCACUUUCGUUUCGCGAAUCGCUUUUAACCAUCGCACACUCGCGGGGAAUUAUAAUUGUCGCUGGCUAAUAGCUUCCGGAUGCGCUCAAGGACCCUUAAAUUGUAAAAAAAACGAUGGUGACAGAAGGACAGCAGAAGAAAUAUGACGAGUAUAAGACUACUCUGGAUGCAAACGCGUUGGAAACGGCCAGGCUGGAGUUACGCGAGGAUGACAACACGAGGGAACAGGCGCUGGAGCAAUUUCGCCAUUGGAUCGAGAAACAUCCCGCGAUCAAGAGGUGCAGGACCGACUCGUUGUUCCUGCUGAGAUUUCUCAGGACGAAGAAGUUCAGCCUGCCGCUGGCGCAAGAGAUGCUGGAACGUUAUCUCACCAUUAGGCAACUCUAUUCUCACUGGUUCCAGAAGCUCGACAUCGAUGACCCAGAAAUCGCGGCUAUCAUCGAUGAUGGCUAUUUGGUACCAAUGCUGAAGCGAGAUCAGCACGGUCGAAAAGUGUUAAUGUCGUGUGCAGGGCGUUUCGACCCUAGCAAAUACACAUCGGCGCACAUGGCCCGGGUCCACAGCAUAUUGGUAGAGGCCUUGAUGGACGAUGAGAAAAGUCAGGUCUACGGCUACACGUAUCUCAAUGAUGAGGCGGGAUUGACCAUGAACCAUUUCAGCACGUGGUCCUUCACGGACAUUCGCAAUGUGGUGAGGUGCAUACAGAACAGCAUGCCAGCACGUCACAAGGAGACGCAUCUCAUCAAUAUUCCCAGCAGCGUGGCGAAGAUCCUCGAAUUCGGGGUCUCUCUACUGAACGACAAACUUAGGUCCCGCGUCUUGAUACACCGAAAUAUAGAGGAACUACAUGCAGUGGUGGAUCCGAAGAUACUGCCAAAGGAAUACGGCGGGGAAGUUCCGCUCUCGGAAAUGAUCGACGAAUUUAAAAAAGAGCUGAAAAAGAAGAAAGAUGAGCUCAAGGCCCUCGACGACAUGUACAUUGAAAUAUCACCGAAAGAAUAUCAGGAAGCUAAUGAAGAAUUUGGCGGAAUAUCCGGUUCGUUCCGAAAGUUAGAGGUCGACUAAGAGCAAUCUAUCUCUACUAUGAUCUUACAAUCUUACACUGCUAGCACCUCAAUUAAACAGUUAUUUCUGUAUUAUGUAAUUACACGUCGUAUUAACAAUUGUUUUACCAAAAAGAAAUAUAUUAUUGUAACAUAAAAAUCGUGAGCACGUUAAACGCAAUGUGUGAGCGAUUUAUAAACGCAUAAACAAUCUUAGUUAAUUGAUUUUGACUAGUUAUUCCUAGCUGUUUCUCUCUAGAUUCUGUUUGUAGUAUAAACCAUUGAAAAAAAUCAAUUCAAUUAAUUAAGGAUAACAUUAAGUAAUGUUGUGGUACAAUCAGGCCGGUAUACGAAACAAAAGAAUUUACUUUGAUAUUGAUAUAUAAUAAUACCUCGAAGUGUGUGAAUAGUACUCGUUAUUUUGUACAUAAGUUUUCUCUGUAAAGUUAGGAUUCUGAUGUAACGCAUACGAGUUGAUGCUCGUUCCGCCGGUGGUAUCAAGUUACCUAUGAUCUAUAUGUCAUUACCUUGAAUACUUUAAGAUAAAUUGUGGCUUGACACGCUUUUAAGCAUACUUUAAACGAUCUAUAAUUUACGUCAGAUUCAAAAUGGAAAUUUAACGCGUUUGCAUGUAAAAUUGCUUAUCCUGCAUAGGUGUGUUCUGAUUCUUCAGGUUUUCUCAAUUUUAAUAACAGGAUUGUAGAGAUCGUCUAAAGUGAACUUUUUAGCGUUGCUUGCCUUUGCGAUAAGACGUGUUACGAAAUACGCAUUCGCGAACCCGUCGUUAUAAUGAACAAGUUUUAUAUAUUCGAAGUAGAAGACAAAGUUGUUAGGAAAAUAUAUAAAGAGUUGAAUGUGAAAUUAGUAACUCAUAAAUGUUUGUUACAUAACAUUUGUUACGUGUGUUAUACUAUAGGUAUCCCCCGCUUCUUGAAAGUUUGCUUUACGCAACUUCGUUUUUACGAAAGACCUACAUCAGUAUCCGUUUUCGCCAACCAAAAGAAAUCCAAAGAGAACUUUCUUUUACAAAAAAAGUUUACCUUAUAAAUUAACGACAAUUAUUUUUUAUGCCAUUUCAGCUUACAAAAGAUUUCAUAGGAACGCUCUAUUUUCGAAUUGCGGGGAAAAUCUGUAUUGUCAUGUUCAGUGAAUGACGGAACUCUGCAGCUUUAUAAAAGAUUUUCCCGUGAAUUCAUAAAGCGUAAUUACAUAUAAUAAUUAUCUAGAUAUGUUUAGUUUAUAUAAUAAUAAUUUACUUUAUAUAACGAUAAUCGUGUUGUGAAUUGCUGCUUGAAUCGCUUUUGCGUAAUCUCGCGUGUUUAACAUGCAAAAUGUGACUAUGUAAUUUUGAUUUUUUUUUCUAACAUGUAGAUUGAUGAUGUUUGCGGAAGAUAGAUCACACUUGUGCCGAAUUUGUGAUGAAUACGCAAGCUUGAAUAUAUUUUUUAUGUUUGAUGUUUAUUAACUUGAAGGGAGAAUAACGAUAUGUGAUA